AUGCCCACUGUAACAAGGAUCAGUACGGCGAGGAUAACUAACUUUGGGCCAUUGACAACAACCUAUACGGCGCCAGCAUCAUGUGCCACUGAAACAGACCGCAUUUACUUUGCUUAUGAUAGCGACCACCCCGAAUAUCUCUGGGCUAACCCUACCUGCAAAAUGCAACUGAUUGGGAAAUGCAUACCAUCCGGAGAUCAAUACGAUCAUCUGAUCACAGCAACAUAUGCCAAGACCUUCGACCUUGGCUUUUACCAUUACUACUCUCCGGGCCUAUACUGCCCUUCCGACUGGACGACGGCCGGGAAAUACGUGAGGGGAACUGGAAGCAUUGGACAGAUGUCUGGGCAACUCACCAGGACGGAAUCAACGAUGGUACCUGAGAGAUGGGAGCCAGGUCGGCCAUUCCGACAGGACCCGGCAAGCGUUUGGGUACAGGUCUUGGAACCUUCUGAGACACUGGCGGAACUACACACUCAACUUCAAUGGCAAUUGUUACUCAGUGCUUGGUCCAUUGUCUACGUAUGGAUACUCGGAGAUAUGCGGGUUCCAAUUCGCGUCAACCGCGGUACCCGUGACACGCACGAGAAGCGGACAUGA